ACUAGUGCACUAAAAAUAGCAGUGUAUCCUGGGCGGUGCCAUGGGCUAGCUUGCAAUUACUUAAUUAGGAGGUCCUAGAGGGGAUUUUACUCAGGUGGCUCACCUGUACCAAUGCAGCUAUACUGCUAGCAUGUGUAUGUCCACCCAAGCUGCGAAUUAUACCUCCAGCUGCAAUGUAGAUUGUGCCCUAAAAAGAGUUUCUGGGAAUUCCAGUACUGCACUACAAGAGCAACUGUUGAAGAAAUUGGGAGAACUUCUGCUUGCACAGGCAUCACACAACGUACUGAGGAAGAAAAUGUCCAAUCAAACCGCUGUUUCUGAGUUCCUUCUCCUGGGAUUCUCUGAUGUUCGGGAGCUGCAGAUUUUACACUUUGUGGUUUUCCUGGUGAUUUACCUGGUGGCCCUGAUAGGGAAUCUUCUCAUCAUCGCAGCCAUAGCCCUUGACCACCAUCUUCACACCCCCAUGUACUUCUUCCUGGUGAACCUGUCCAUCCUAGACCUCAGCUCCAUCUCUGUCACCAUCCCCAAAUCUAUGGCCAAUUCCCUCAUGAACACCAGGUACAUUUCUUAUUCUGGAUGCGUCACACAAGUCUUUCUCCUUAUUGUCUUUAUUUCAGCGGAUUAUGCAUUAUUGACUGUCAUGGCAUACGACCAACACAUCGCCAUCUGCCAACCACUGCACUAUGAGAGAGUGAUGAACAGGAGAGCUUGUAUCCAAAUGGCAGCCAGUGCCUGGAUCAGUGGCAUUCUUUACUCUGCCCUGCACACUGGGAGCACAUUUGUGAUAUCUUUCUGUGGCGGCAAUGUGGUGGAUCAGUUCUUCUGUGAAAUCCCCCAGCUCCUCAAGCUCGCCUGCUCUGACUCAGACCUCAGUGAAACUGGGGCUAUUGUCUUCAGUGCAUGCUUAGCCUUAAGCUGCUUUGUUUUCAUAAUUGUGUCAUAUAUUCAGAUCUUCAAAGCAGUGCUAAGAAUCCCCUCUGAGCGGGGCCAGCGUAAAACCUUCGCCACCUGCCUUCCUCACCUUACUGUGGUCUCCUUGUCUAUUUUCACUGGGACUGUUGCGUACCUGAAACCAACCUCCAGCUCAGCGUCAUGGCUGGAUCUCAUAGUGGGUGUUUUCUAUUCUGUGGUGCCUCCAAUGAUGAAUCCCAUCAUCUACAGCAUGAGAAACAGGGAGGUGAAAGGUUCAUUGAGUAAACUGAUAGGUUGGAGGUUAUUCAGCAAGAAUAAAAUGUCCAUAUUUCUCCAUUGAUAGCAAUUUCAUUCUGACUUUCCUUAUAAAUAUAAUCAGCUGAUGACAUUAUCGCCUCCAUGUGAAUAUACUAUGCAACAUCUUUAUGCAGAAUUGGGUAUUUGCACAUGUAAUAAACCUGACAAACAUAACUCAAGAAAAAUAAGACUGACUUCAGGUUUAAACCAAUGUAAAUGAGAUCCAGAAUCUAUCUAUCUGUCUAUCUAUCUGUCUAUCUAUCUAAGAACCGGCACAUAAAAUGAGUAGCAAUAACAAAGUCUCUAGUGGAGUCUCGGGCUCUUCUUGUUUUUCAGGAUAAAUACUCUGAUCACGGUAUCGACACUUUUGUUCUUUUGUUUUUUUGUUUCUUUGUUUCUCUUUUUUUUAAUUGAUAUUUUUGGAGUUGUUUGAUGGUUUGAUUUGUUUCUUUGUUCCAGGCGUGUUUGGAGGUGGGAAGGCCUGGAGAGAUGGGGAGGGUUUGGUUAGUGUGACAUUACUUAGGGCACCAUCUGGACUGCUAAACAGCUGUAUCUCCUCUGUUCUCCAACCUGGGGUGCCUCUUACACUGCUCUACUGUGAAAACAGCGACUCCUGGUCAGUAAAUACACAGUCUCCAGCAUGUCAUUUGCUCCCAGGUACAUAGUGUUGAGUGCUACUAGCUAGCCACUCAUGAAUUACACUGCAGCAGAACUCCUCCAGACUCUCAGUCCCAGGCCUUCCCCCAGAAAUGGGUGUCUUAUACUACCCAACACACUAGUGGAUGAUACAAGUUCAUCUAAAGUUCCUCAUGUCAUCAAAGGGAAAUUAUAGGCAUCAGCCUUGUUGUUCCAAAUGAUUUUUCCCAUACCCUUUAACCCAAACAUAUCAGUUGGAUAAAACCAGAGAAUAAGUUAAUUAACUACAGUAAGAAAGGAAAGGUUUUCAGUGGCUACAUGUAAUGAAACAUAAAAGUCAGAAUUGGUUACAA